AUGCACCCACGAAUCUCAGGACAGGGUGUGUUCCCGCGUUAUGGCGGUGGAUGGAUGCACCAGUUCGGACACGUAUAUGCCCUUCAGCAAGAACUUCUCAAUCCCCAGGCAAACAACUGGUUUCGAGCAAUUGAGUUAUGGCACACGGCUCGUCACGAGGGAGUUGCACUGAACUCUUCCCAUUACACAAACAUUCUUAGGCAAUGUGUGCAGCCCGCUUCGUGGGAGGCUUCAUUGAAUGUGCUGAGUCAGAUGCAGCGAGAGGGUGUCCGUGCAGAUGUCGUAGGGGUGGGUUGCGCACUCGCUGCGUGCGCUGAAGCUAACAGGAGUUGUGAGGUCGAAGAGGUGUUCAACCUGUUUAGUGGUAAAAUGAAGUUGGACAGUGUGUGCUACCUUGCGCUCAUCAAAGCAAAGAUUGCUCAAGGCAAAUGGAGUGAAGCGAUCGCAGUUGGUAAGCAGCAAGAGGCUGAGGGAGUUCAUUUUCUUCCAUAUACAUAUACUCAUCUACUGGAAGCUGCAAAUGAAGCCGAUGAUGCAGUGUUUGCCGUCGAGUUGGUUAAACGCAUGAGUGGGGAACAGUGGCAGUUGUCUGGAAAAGGGCAUAUUGCGUUUAAGAAGUUGUGUAUGCGUCACAAUUUGAUCUCAGAGUACGAUCGACUUGUGGGGAGCUUCGGCGACGGUGAGUCGUGUCCGCAGCUGCCCAGUGAUUAUUCAUAA